AUUAGGUUUCGAUUUCACGAAACCAUCGUUUCUUGGUGGCGAAGCAGUGAAUACCCUAGCCCUAGUAUCAGCCACAUCCGACGAUCUCAUCCUCUUCCGGCGAACUGUUCCGUCUCCGGCAUGAUUUUCCGGCUUCGGAGUCGUCGAAUCUCAUCUAAAUCAUCAAAUCGUAUAAAGUGGUGAUCUGAAGAUUUUAUUCACAAGAGAGAUAUCAGAAGAACUUCUAUAUAGGCUAGCUAGUUUUCUAUUUCUUAUUGAAAAUAUGGCUGGUUUGGUGCCGGGCGAUGCCUCCCAACACGGAAUGUAUGAAGGCACACCUUACAGACUUUCUCAGGACAAGCCCGAGGAAGGUGGCCGUUGGUAUUUCAAUCGGAAAGAGAUUGAAGAAAACUCUCCAUCCAGGCUAGAUGGCAUCGAUUUGAAGAAAGAAACUUAUAUACGCAAGUCAUACUGUACAUUCUUACAGGAUUUGGGUAUGAGGCUUAAAGUGCCUCAGGUAACGAUUGCUACUGCAAUAAUCUUUUGUCACCGUUUCUUCAUUCGUCAAUCCCAUGCAAAGAAUGACAGGAAGACCAUUGCAACAGUGUGUAUGUUUCUUGCGGGGAAGGUUGAAGAAACUCCUCGUCCUCUAAAAGAUGUUAUCCUGGUUUCUUAUGAAAUUAUUCAUAAAAAGGAUCCUGCUGCAGUACACAGGAUCAAGCAAAAGGAGGUGUAUGAACAACAAAAAGAACUAGUUUUACUGGGGGAGAGGGUUGUACUUGCAACUCUUGGUUUUGAUCUUAAUGUCCAUCAUCCAUAUAAACCCCUUGUUGAGGCAAUAAAGAAAUUCAAGGUUGCUCAAAAUGCCCUUGCUCAAGUUGCAUGGAAUUUUGUUAAUGAUGGGCUGCGGACAUCUCUUUGCUUGCAAUUUAAGCCCCACCACAUUGCGGCAGGUGCCAUUUUUCUUGCUGCCAAGUUCCUCAAAGUAAAGCUCCCAUCCGAUGGUGAGAAGGUUUGGUGGCAGGAGUUUGAUGUCACUCCACGCCAAUUGGAGGAGGUUAGCAAUCAAAUGUUAGAAUUGUAUGAACAAAAUAGAGCACCACUUUCUCAGGCUAGUGAAAUGGAAGGAAGUGCUGGAGGUGGGGCAACUCAUCGGGCCCCUUCAAAAGCUCCUGCUGGCAAUGAAGAGCAUGUUACAAAUAAUAGUAACUCUCAGGGUGGAGGUACUACUUCAAAGCCUGGAACCUUGAAGCCAGCAUCGUCUAGGCCAGUGCCUGACCAGUCCUACGGUGAUAAUCAUGGUGGUCUUCCAAACACCUCCCAAAGUCGAAAUAAUGACUAUGGAAACACAGAAAUGAAGAGUAUUUCUGACCACAAUGGUGAGAUCAAUGGUGAUCAGCACCAUGAACAAGAACAAUUUAUUCACCAGGAGAACAUGGGAGAGGUUCAAAACAAAUCAAGGUUUGGUUCCGAUGUACAUGGUGAAGAAGAUCAAGAAAGGAGUUCUGGGAGAAAUGAAAUAAGAGAAGCAGGGCAAUUCAAGGAUAAAUACCAUGGCCGGAAUCUGGAAUAUAGAGACGGUACACUUGGCCAGUCUCCUCAAGAAGUUAUUAAAAAGAUUGACAAAGACAAAGUAAAAGCAGCUCUUGAGAAACGAAGGAAGUCCCGUGGAGACAUGCCUCGGAAAACAGAUUUGAUGGAUGAGGAUGAUCUCAUUGAGAGGGAACUGGAAGAUGGGAUUGAAUUGGCCGCCGAGAGUGAAAAAGUGAAGCGGGACAGGAGGCAAAGCUUGUCCAAAUCCUCAAAUUGGCUGGAUCAUGAGAACCCACAUCAUGUGAAGCAUAAAGAUGAUGGUGGAGAUGGAUACCACCAAGGGAUGAAAGGGCAGUCAUCACGUGGACAGGAUUUUGAGAACGUGGAAGAAGGGGAGGUUGCAACAUUUGAUGAUGCUGACCAUGGAUAUCGGUCACCAAAGUCGAGCAAUCGCAAGAGAAAAGCAGGGAGCCCAGUGGACAAACCAUUGGAGGGAAGGCAGCGGCAUGAUUACACAACUGCCCCCCACCACCAUAGUAACCACCAUGAAUUCCUGGAAGAUAGAAACAGGUUGGGCAGGCUUGGUUAUUCAGAAAGGGAGCACAAGAGGCAUGUACAAGAAAAUCAUGUCUGAAGUUCUGUUAAAGCUUGUCAGAGCAUGCCUCUGGUAGAGUUUUCUUCGUAGCCAGAGUGUAAAAUGUGAUUAUGGACGGGUAUGCUCUAAAUCCGUCGUCCUGAUUUGGCUGCCAAAAAGAAUUGUUGCAUCAGCCUAAUAAUAUUGGUGGUGGGAAAUGACUAUUUUAUAAGAGUAUGAACCGUGGAGCUUCAUUUUCAGGUUUAAUUGUUUGGUUCAACUUCCAUGCGGUACCACAGAUAAUUUGUGAGUGGCUUUGAUUAUCAAUCAAAGCAGGUGUGUGGACAUGUGUUAUAGUAAAUGUUAUACCCCCUAUUUAAUGUCUGUGGUCUUCAAAUAUUUGGGACUAUCAGUCUUUAUAGGACGAUGAUUUUGAUGAUUGCUAUGGUCAACUAGAGGAAUUGAAAUUGGGGACACUUUUGUUGUCUUCUAAUUCAUAUAUGUUUAGGCGAUGCUGGUAUUGUGCAUUUACACAGUUGUUAAAUCAUAAUUAGUCACGUUGUUAUGCCCAUUUUGGCCUGAGAUAUUCCCAGUACUCGAUGAGCAUUGUAUUGUUUCAUUCAUCUUAUGAUGCAAGGGCAAUAGAUUUUACCA